GACAAGAUGCACGUAUUAUAAUAGGAGUCAAUGGAGAAUGGCGUCUAACGAGCCCGCCUGGGAAUUACAGGGCUCGUACCACAGUCCAGGCUUAGAGACUUGUAUUUUUCUACAAUCUAUGGUUAAGACACAUGUUUUAGACUGAACCAGAUGGAACCUAUGGACAGUCAUGCAUAUUAAAUUUACAGCACUCAAACAGCAGCCGUGAUCAGACCUUCGUGUUGGACAUAUUUUCUGCAGACAUGAACCAUACUUUCACAUAUUGAUUAUUCACAUAUUGUUUCUAAAAUCACCUCUCCUUAAUAUGUCACGAUAAAGAAACUUGGAACGAAACAUGAACGAAUGUAUGGACCGUGGGUAUAAUGUAAAUGGAACAGUGUUUGUUUCUAACUGUGCAAUGGGACGACUCUAUUUCAACGUAAUUGACAUCAUUCUUAUGUCACUAAGAUAAUCAGCGACUGUCUGUUUACAGGUGCACAAAGUGUAUGCUUUGUAUACGUGAACGUCUUUUCUUCCACAUUGAAAACGUUUUAGACAGCUAGCUAUGUAACCGCUCAGCCUGCCUGAGAGGACCACGCACGUAACGAUCUUCCAGCUACCGCGAGGAAAGGCGUGAUGGCAUCUCCACCAAAUAUGGACAGAGAUGAACCUGAAAAUGUAGUGACUGGUGGUGACAGUGACAGUGACACUGGCGCAGAUAGUAUGACGGAUUCGGAUGCAGAGAGUGACGAAAAAAAACACACAGACAGUAACGUUACUCCAUUAUCUUGCUUGCCUGACGCUGACAGCCACACUGAGGUCUCGCAUCAUCCUGAAUCAGACAGAAGCACAGACAAGCAGCCCAGAACAGAAGGAGAUAUCUACAUACACUCUGUUCUGAAAUGUAAUUGUGAUGUGAUGGUCUGCCAGUUCAACAGUGAAGGCACUAUUCUGGCUGUGGGACUCUUUGACGGAACUAUAAAAGUUUACAGUACAGAUAAUGGCAGUCUAGUGAAGACCCUGAGAGAUAAUGAGGUCAUUCUGUCCCCUAUUCCUGUCACUGCACUGCAGUUCUUUCACAGCACUCAGGCACACAGCCACCUGUUGGCCACUUAUGCCAGUGGUGUUGUGAGGUGCUGGUAUGUGUGGGGACAAGAGUGUAUGUGGGACCUGAAAGAGGUGGGAGAAAGCAGUGGAAGGGAAAAGGGUCAGAGACAGACCCUGUCUCUAGCCGUCUCUUCCUCAGGUAAGGUAGCAGCCACUGGGGGCUCAGAUUCUGCAAUUCAUCUCUACGACCUCCACACUCACCAGAGGGUGCUCACUUGCAGUGCCAGUGCCUACAACUCAGUUAUGGACGGACAUCGAUUACGCAUUUUUGCAGUGAAUUUUCACCCAGAGAGAGAGAGAGAGUUCAUUUCGGGGGGCUGGGACAACAGCAUACAGUUUUGGGAUACCAGGCAGCAGCACUCUGUCAGGAUGUUGUUUGGCCCUCAUGUAUGUGGGGACUCUCUGCAGAUUGAUUCUGUGACCAAUCAAAUCCUUUCUGGAUCCUGGAGAAAAGAGAAGCCAUUAGAGAUUUUCGAUUAUGAUUCGUGUCGGAAAUUAUCAGAGGGACCUAAUGACCCCAAAGGACAGAGCAGAAUAUUGACUUGUCACUGGCUGGACCAGAACCAGAUUUUGGCAGGUGGUAGCCAGACAAACAUGCUGAGAGUCAUUGAUCGCCAAACAUUGCUGUCUGUUUCCAGGCUAAUUGGACUCCCCUCAGCGGUCAUCAGUUCUUGUAUCUGUCCUGGUGGAAAGUGGACGGGAUUAAUUGCAGCCUCGUCAGGGAAACAAAUCUUCCUAUUGAAACGGGGUUGCCUCAAGAUGUGAAGAAAAGCAUAAAAAAUUAAAUUGUGUUUGGUAGAUGGUUUAAGACAUUAGUUGAAAAAAGCCUCCAGGCUUCAAGGACUUCAAGGAAUUUCUAUUGAGUUGAACAUAUCCAUCUAUCCAAAAUAGUGAAAAAAGACAUGCAUAUGGCUUGACUAAUGUGGAUGUGCUACCGUCAUAAAUUGAAAGUUUUCUGUCAGAUACGCAUGAUCUUUUGCGGAUUUUUAUUUUAGUAUGCUAUUCAGUGUCUUCAAUGCUAAAAUGACUUCCAUGUCGUUAUGGUUGCUGAAGUUUGUUAUAAAUGUUAUAACUUUGAUGCCAUAUAUGUGGUAGAACAAUAAUUCAGUUUUCUAUACUAAUUCAGCAUAAAUAAUUCUUAUGUUGUGGCUCUGUGAAUAUGCUACGAAAGUAGUUUCAGUUCAUUUAUUAACUGAUGUUUAAACAAAAUUUACAAAGGAUUGGCAUAUUUUAAGGGAAAUUAGCUAGGAGCUAUGGAAACUGAAUUCAGUGAACUGUGUUUAGUAACUUGUUGUUAUUAUUUUCAAUUGCAAAUCUUUUUGCCCUUUUGUGAAGUAAAGGUAUAUUAGUAUACAUUAAAGUAUAUGUUGUUUUAAUCCUUUUCUUUGUAUUUUUGGAAUAAACAUUCUUACAAUUA